AUGUGUGAGGAUGGAACUCACAACCUUAUAGCUGGCUGCACACUGUCAGAGACUCAGGAGAAACUGAUUAUCAGAUCUCCAGGAGAGUCUGUUCUCCUGUCCUGCUCCUGCACUGAUCAACACACCAAACCUGUAAGUGUGAAAUGGGAGCGUGUAGACUCAGGAGGGACUGAGGUAUCCAAUGAGACGACAAACUACACAGGCAGAGUCCACAUGUUUAAUAAGAACCUUCCAGCAAAUCUCUCUCUACUGAUCUCCAACCUGACUGAACAAGACCAGGGAACAUACAGAUGUUCAAUCAACAACAAACAGUCCAUCAACAUCAGCCUUAGCAUUGAAGAGAAGAGAGAAAUCACAGGUUCCUUUGUCAUCAUUUUGUGUGUCUGUCUGGCUCUGCUGCUGAUUGUAGUGAUUGGAGGAUCAGCACUGAUCUUCUACAAACUGAGAAACAAUAAGACACAAGAGUCCAUGUACACAAACACUGAGAGAAGAACACAGAACACAGUGAGUGAAAAGACUCUUAAACCAACUUCUCAAUAUAACCAAAUAUGA